AAAACCCAAAAAAUUCAUAAAAAUUCAAAAAGAAAAAAAAAAAUUCAAUUUACAGUUACGGUAUUGUAACAGAUCUAUAAAAAAAAAAUGCAGAGAUCGUUAACGUCUUUGACGAAAGCGCGUGGGUUCUGCACGAAGAAACCGGCGGCGGCGGCGGCGGAGAAGGUCGUAGCCUCCGUACUGUUCGAGAGGCUUCCGGUUGUGAUCCCUAAGAUCGACCCUGUCGUUUACGCCUUUCAGGAGUUCUCGUUUCGGUGGCGACAGCAAUAUCGACGUAGAUAUCCAGAUGAGCUUUUAGAUAAGUCUAAUUCUAGGGGAAAAGGUGAAUACCAAAUGGAUUAUGUACCAGCUCCACGGAUCACUGAAGCUGACAAAAAGAAUGAUAAGAAGUCACUACAGAGAGCACUUGACAGAAGACUUUAUCUUCUUCUCUAUGGCAAAGCAAGUGGAGCUCCUAGUGAUAAGCCUGUCUGGCAUUUUCCAGAAAAAGUUUAUGAAACUGAGGAGACAUUGCGUAAGUGUGCGGAGACUGCAUUGGAAUCUGUGAUUGGAGACCUUUCCCACACAUAUUUUGUUGGAAAUGCUCCGAUGGGUCAUAUGGUUAUACAGCCAACAGAGAAUGAGUUAAACUCUCCAUCUUUUAAGCGAUUCUUCUUCAAGUCCCAAGUGAUUGCAACCAACAAGUUCAAAAUUGGGAAGUGUGAGGAUUUUGUUUGGGUGACCAAGGAUGAAAUUUUGGAAUAUUUUCCUGAGCAAGCUGAAUUUCUUAACAAAAUGAUCAUCAGCUAAUUCAGCAACCAAAUUUAAUUUCCAAUCCACACAGGUUGUUUUGAAAUGAUAUUACUGAUGAAAUAUGUAUCUGUUAUGGCAUCAUUUUUUGCAAUACAAGCUGACAUAGGAUUAGGCUGCAGGAUGCAGUUGAGGUUUCCUAAGGCAACAAAUGGUUCAGCAAUUAGGAUCGUUUAUUGAUUCAAGUCCGAUGCAUGAACUAAGUUGCUUCUUUCUGCUGUUUUUGUAUGUGCCUUCAUCUCCCCCCCUACUGCAAUAAGAAGAUUACUCAAAAAAAUUCAACUUAUUGUAAUUUAUGCAAUUUUUGUAGCCUGUCUAGGAGCCUCAUUCUGCAAAUCAAAUGUGUAUCAUUUGGUGAAUUGGUUUUUAAUAACUCAAGUUGUGUCGGAUUUUCAUCGCUA